GCCCGCGUGACGGUGGUAGAAGCUGCUGCGCGAACAUUUGAUCUUCAUUGGUGGUCCAGAGUGCUGAAACCGGGGUUUCACAAAGCCAAUAACCAAACCAAUCGUAUUAAAGCUUUUAAAAUGCUACAAAAACGUUUACAACACAGAAGAGAAAGAGACAACAAACUUGAAUCAAAUAAAAAAUAGUACGUUUGAUUUGAAGGCUUAUUUAUUUAGCAUUCUUCCUUCAUUUUGAUAGCGCUAGAAGCGAGGAGCGGCGACUAGACCAGACCACCCACAGACUGAAUGUGGUGAAGUCUCGCCAGCUGCAACUAGAAAAGCUGAGUGAGAGACCGGAGAGAGGCGGGCGCCAUUGCAGCCAGGGAAACUGCCUGGUUUGAUUAAGGGCAGUUAAUUAAAAACUUUGGAAUUAAGAAAAAGUUCCUCUGGAGAUCCCGAAACGUUCCACAAGCCGGGUGUGUUCUGCAGGACCAGAGAGGGGUGAAUCGAGACCGGCGGAGUGAAAAGAAAGAAGCGACUGUCUAGCAUGUCUCCUCCUUUGCCUUGUGUCAGUCUUGCACAAUGACCAGCAGUGGCAAUGGGACAGCCCUGGGAAAUGUCACCUCUGCAGAGGACGGCGGCGUCAUCGUGGUCGAGACGAUCGUCAUCCUAGUCAUUGCUGUCCUCGUCUGCCUCGGCAACCUGGUGAUCGUGGUGACGCUGUACAAGAAGCCCUACCUGCUCACACCUAGCAACAAGUUUGUCUUCAGCCUCACACUCUCCAACCUGCUACUGUCAGUGCUGGUUCUGCCCUUUGUCAUUGCCAGCUCCAUACGCCGUGAAUGGAUCUUCGGCGUGGUGUGGUGCAACUUCACCGCCCUGCUUUACCUGCUUGUCAGCUCGGCCAGCAUGCUCACUUUAGGAGCCAUUGCAAUUGACAGAUACUAUGCUGUGCUCUACCCUAUGGUCUACCCCAUGAAGAUCACUGGAAACCGAGCUGUGGUGGCUAUACUCUACGUGUGGCUGCAUUCUCUCAUUGGCUGCCUGCCCCCGCUGUUCGGCUGGUCCACCUUCGAGUUCGAUCAGUUCAAGUGGACCUGCACGGCCGCCUGGCACCGGGAAGUGGGCUACACGGCCUUCUGGAUCACUUGGUGCGGCCUGCUGCCUUUCAUGGCCAUGCUGGUGUGCUAUGGCUUCAUUUUCCGGGUGGCGCGGAUCAAAGCCCGCAAGAUCCACUGCGGGACGGUGGUGAUCACCCAGGAGGAGUCGUCGUUGCAGAAGAACGACCGCAAGAACUCCAACACAUCUACCUCUUCCAACGGCAGCCGGAAAAGUGUUGUCUACUCAGCAAACCAGUGCAAGUCCUUCAUCACCAUCCUGGUGGUGAUAGGGGCCUUCGUGGUGACUUGGGGACCUUACAUUGCCGUGAUCUGCACUGAAGCCCUGUGGGGGAAGGGCAGUGUUUCCCCCAGCUUGGAGACUUUGGUGACCUGGCUCUCAUUCUCCAGCGCAGUGUGCCACCCCCUGAUCUACGGACUGUGGAACAAGACUGUGCGCAAGGAGCUGCUGGGGAUGUGCUUCGGGGACCGCUAUUACAGGGAAUCUUUCGUUACGCGCAACAGGACCUCCCGGAUGUUCAGCAUCUCCAAUCGAAUCACAGACUUGGGCUUGUCACCACACUUGACAGCAAUGCUGGCAGGAGGAGGACAGCUCAUAGGACACAGCAGCAGCACUGUGGACACGGGGUUCAGCUUCUCUCAGGACUCAGGCACAGAUGUCAUGUUGCUGGAUGACUUCACUUCAGACGGUACACACAAUUCUCAUCACAGUGGCUGGUCACACAAGAGGCGGAGUUCUGUCACGUUUGAGGACCAGGUGGAACAACAUUCCAAAGAAAACUCAAAUUCUUCCACACUUCAAGUGACAGCAGAGAUCCAUAAAUCGCUGGACAGCUAUGCCUCUUGCCUGGCUAAAGCCAUAGAGACAGAUGCCAAAUUAUUUCUGUUUGGGGAUGAAAAAAGCAUUUUGUUUUCUGUCCGGCCUGUGCCAGCGAGCCUAGGCAGCACACAGCGAGGACCCAGGUACCUGAAUGGGCAGAGACUGAGGCUGGAGAGCAUCGAUGAAGGAAUUGUACAUGAUGGCAAUGAAGAGGAGGAAGACAUUGAAGAAAUUUGUGCUUAAUUCUCAUUUAGCAGUUUGAGACAGAUACACUGGUCUCUGGAAGCCACAUUUCCAAGAACCAAUAGCCUCAUCAUCAUUGCUGGACAUUGUAGCAGUUGAUUAUUUGGAGGGGGGGAAUCCACUACAAUCAUGGGACCAGAAUUUAUAGGAAAUAUUGCGUGACUGGACUUUUCAUGCAUUGGUUUUGUUUGUCUUGCUGUUUCUUUACCACCAGCAGUAAGACUGCAAGCCUAUUGAAAGCUUGAUUAUGUUAAUCUUUAUUUUCUGUGCAUGUAGCAAACUUACUGUAGAAAGGACUAUGAAACAUUGUACAUCCAGAAUGUACCUGUGUGACCAUAAGCAUACUUUAUAUUCCUUCUGUGGAAAUAUUAUACGUGCAACUUCCUAAAUUAUUGUCAAUACGUUUUUUUUGUUUUGUUUUUUUUUAAAGGAGAAUUACAUUUUUACACAUCCUAAGAGAGGGGUGUCACAAGCUGAAAUAUAGCAAGCUUUGUGUCUUGGAAAAGCAUUUUGAAAACUUAGAUGGCCUGGAGUUCUGGCAUUAAGGGGCAGGAGAAGAUCUGUGCGGGGUGCCAUAUUUGAUGACUUGUGAGUCCUAGAACCUUUACCUGAAUCCCAGUCCUGAUCGGCUACAUCACGUGCAUGUGCUGUAAGAAAGGGAAAGGGAAGUUGACUUGACCGUGGAAUCCUAAGUAAUGCAAUAUUAGGAAUUAGACAUGUGGGUCCUCAGCUAGUUGGUAACCAACUUGAUAUUGGGCACUUCUGAACUGUAUACAGUUGGUUGUGCACAGAGGACUUUCUCAAGUUCAUCGUUCACCCCAGGACACAAGCAACAGUGAAGCUGGUGUACGUGGCUUUCGGGACAGUAUUAAAUAAUUUUACUAGCCAAAUGUUAACUUUACUUCAAGUCCAAAGUAUUUUAAAUGUCACACUGUUUUGUGUUCUAAAACCGGCAUUAAUGACUUCACUUCUUUAUAGUACUGUUCUCCACAGUCACAGUAAUUUUAUUUCCACAAGACUCGAGUGAUUUAUGUGUAAGGACGUAUAUAAUGGUACUAUGCUGUGGAAUAUAGGACCAAUUUUACAUGUAACUGGUUUAUUGGUAGAACCUGUGAAAAGCAGUCAAAAUUGGUUGUGCACUACCAUUACUUGACUCCAGUAUGCAGUAUCCAGCUUUUAAAAAGGCAGUCCAAAUUGCAUUUGUUUAUCAGGAAUAUUUUUUUUUACACAAGUUUCUCUCAAUAACCAUGAAAAUAUCUGUUAAAAAAAAAAAAAAAAAAUCAAUGUGUUGCUAUUUUACUACAUACAAAAUAAAAACCACUGAAUUUCUUGCUUCAACAAAGAGGAGAGGUUUCAAGAUCUCGGAGGUCUUUCAUUUGAAGAGACCUUUGAGGUCUUGAAAGCCUAUUGUUUAGUUAGUCAAAUAAAAGGUAUCACAUCUCCUUCUCUUUGUCUAUCAUCUCUGUACUGAUACAGCUACCAUUUCACCUAUCAACAUGCUUCUAAAAGAAACCACAAAAAGUGAGUUUGCAAUGUUAAUUACAGUUCCUUGUGAAACACCAGUUAUUUGUUCAGUCACUGAAGCACCUAGUAACAUGUUCAGGGAUACCAUUUACACAGCAAAUCAGUGAUGUGAGGCUCAGUGCAUUUACACAAGUGUGUGUUACAUUUUGCAGAUGUUUCCAUUUUUGAAACAAAUUGGUUUCAAACAUGCAGUUUCAUAUGCAUGGAAACAAAAUUGGACAGUCUUAAUGUUGCAGAUUGUCCCCAAGUCAUGAAGAAAUGUACACAACAUAGGCUUUCAACAAUGUACUUGCCAGUUUUGAUUAAAUUUCAAAGGGUGUUCCAGUUGCUGGGGCAGAAACUCGCUUCCAAAAAAAGGCUUGUGGCUGGCACUCUUAGGGAAGCAGGCCUGUUUAUCAAAACAGAAGUUAAACAGGACUGCUCCCCGUAAACAUUAAGUGGAUACUGCAUUGUAAAAAAAAUGCAAUUAGGAAAUAAGUGUUUUUUGUAUCUAUAUAUGGUAUUUGUAUGUUAAAUACAUGUAUUAGACCACUGUUCUCCAUUGUAGAAACAAUAUCAUUUUGAAUUUUUUUGUACUUAAAAAAAAAAAAAAAAAAAAGUAAAAA